AUGACUUGGGAAAAAGAAGAUCCAUGUCUAAUUGAUGAUCGGUUUCGAAAUUUUGCACAAUCCUUAUUUAGACAUCGCCAAAUUCACAAAUAUGCAACAGGGUCAGCAUGGAGAGGACAAAAUUUACAUUGGAAAAAUUCAGAUAUAUUGGAUAAGUCUAAAUCAUUACCCUUAUUGACACCUGGUUUAUAUCGUGAUUGUUUUCACGGCCAUGGUGUGGCUGGUCUACCUGCCCCAGAUGACGGCUCUAAAGAUGGCGUUACAGGCUGGCAAAUAAUGAAAAUUAUGUCAUCAUAUAUCUGGCCUAAAGAUUCAUUGGGAAUCAAAGUUCGAGUUGGUGUGGCGUUGAGUUUGUUAAUUGGGUCAAAGCUGAUGAAUGUCCAAGUACCAUUUAUAUUUAAAUACGCAAUAGAUUAUCUGAAUACAACUCCAGCUGAAGUAGCUACAAGCAGUUAUGUGGGUGGUGCUAUGACUGUAGCUACAGCCAUGGUACUUGGCUAUGGAGCAGCCAGGGCCAGUGCAUCGCUGUUCAAUGAAGCAAGAAAUGCCGUGUUCGCUAAAGUAGCUCAGAAUUCAAUACGUAGAGUAGCAAAGAAUGUGUUUUUUCAUCUUCAUCGACUUGACUUGAGUUUUCAUUUAACUCGUCAAACAGGAGCUCUCUCUAAAGCUAUAGACAGAGGUAGCAGGGGAAUCAAUUUUGUUCUCAGUGCACUUGUAUUUAAUAUUGUUCCAACACUAUUUGAAGUAUCAUUGGUUAGUGGUCUGUUGUAUUACAAAUGUGGAGGUGUUUUUACUGCUGUUACUCUUAGCUGUCUUGUGGCUUAUGCUGCGUUUACGUUAAGUAUUACAUCGUGGAGAACAAAGUACAGGGUGCAGAUGAAUAAAGCUGACAACCAAGCUGGUAAUCAUGCAAUUGAUUCGCUUAUAAACUAUGAAACAGUCAAGUACUUCAACAACGAGAAGUAUGAAGUUGAGCGAUAUGACAAAGUGCUAUCAAAGUAUGAAGAUGCAUCCCUGAAAACCACCACUAGUCUUGCCUUACUCAACUUUGGUCAGAAUCUUAUAUUUAGUGCAUCACUAGCUACUGUUAUGGUACUAGCAAGUCAGGGAAUAAUAGCAGGUCAGAUGACUGUUGGUGACUUGGUCAUGGUCAAUGGAUUACUAUUCCAACUGUCAUUACCAUUGAACUUCCUAGGGAGUGUCUACAGAGAAAUCAGGCAGUCAUUGAUUGACAUGACAACUAUGUUUAAUUUAUUAAAUUUAGAAUCACAAAUCAAGGAUGAACCCAAUGUACCAUCACUAUCAGUAUCGCCAGAAGAAGCAAAUAUCACUUUUGAGAAUGUCAGUUUUGAAUAUCAGCCAGGAAAAAAAAUUCUUAACAACAUGUCAUUUACUAUUCCAACUGGCAAGAAGAUAGCAGUAGUGGGUGGCAGUGGAUCUGGGGAAAUUACUUUCAAGAUUGCAGUAGAAACAGAUUCAAAAUUUCUUUUAUAUUUAACAGGAGGUGAGAAGCAACGUGUUGCCAUUGCUAGAACUGUUCUAAAAAAUCCUUCAAUUAUUUUAUUCGAUGAGGCGACAUCGUCAUUAGAUUCAAUAACUGAACAGAACAUUCUUGAUUCUAUGGGUGGUGUCACGUCAGGCAGAACUUCUUUAUUUAUUGCACAUCGACUGACCACUGUCAUGGACUGUGAUGAGAUUUUAGUUCUUGAUCACGGUCAAAUCAUAGAAAGAGGAACACACUACGACUUACUCCGAGAUGUGGACAGCUUAUACUACAGUCUUUGGACGAAUCAAAACAAAGCUCUCUAUGAACAUUUUGCCCUCGAAGCAAGUGAUAGUGAAGCUGGAGUUGUUGGAAAGGAAUAAUUAUGUCUUCAGUUCAACUAUAAUCAAAUCUGAACUACUCUGAUGUACCGG